UAGCUCGUGGGACUCCACCCACCACGGGUUCUAAACCGAAACAGGAAGUGGGCUAGGAUCCCUCGAAACCCGCUACAACCGCCACCCUCCGCGCGCCCAAGCGACCCACAACUCGCGGGUCCAGCCCCUGUCCCGCGUGUUACCUGCCCCUCCCCCUCCUCCCGCCCGGUGAACUCGAGAGAUCAUGUCGAACAUGGAGAAACACUUAUUUAACUUGAAGUUUGCUGCAAAAGAACUUAAUAGGAAUGCCAAGAAGUGUGAUAAAGAAGAAAAAGCUGAAAAGGCCAAGAUAAAAAAGGCCAUUCAGAAGGGCAAUACAGAAGUUGCAAGAAUACAUGCUGAAAAUGCAAUCCGUCAGAAAAACCAAGCAAUCAAUUUCUUGAGAAUGAGUGCUAGGGUUGAUGCUGUGGCAGCCAGAGUUCAAACUGCAGUAACAAUGGGCAAGGUGACAAAAUCCAUGGCAGGUGUAGUUAAAUCUAUGGAUGCUACAUUGAGGAGUAUGAACCUUGAGAAGAUUUCUGCCUUAAUGGACAAAUUUGAACAUCAGUUUGAAACAUUGGAUGUUCAGACACAGCAAAUGGAAGAUACAAUGAGUAGCACUACUACCCUUACGACACCACAGAACCAAGUGGAUAUGCUGCUCCAGGAAAUGGCAGAUGAAGCUGGCCUCGAUCUCAAUAUGGAACUACCACAGGGUCAGACAGGGUCUGUUGGUGCAAGUGUUGCUUCUACAGAGCAGGAUGAACUGUCACAGAGGCUUGCUCGUCUUCGUGAUCAAGUGUAACUUAAAUAACUGGUGCUUCUGUUCCUCCACAUAUUUCUGAGCCAUCAUUUGUGUGUGUGUCUAUAGAUAAGGUGUAUUCCAGUUACAAAAACAUCAUACAUGACAGGAUGUUUGGACAUCAUUUCUAUAAGAUGCUUUCUUUUGCCUUGUGUAUUUCACAGUGCAUUGCGAAAUUCCAAGGAAUUUCCACAUUGGCAGAUUUUAUAGUUCUAUAUAUUGUGUGUAAAAGUGUGAGGGACAUAUUUUUCUAGAUGUCUUUGGCAAAGCUAGCAUUAGUUUUCUGUAUAUUAUACAUCUUCCGCAAAUAUUAGAGCAAACAUCUAGCACCAAAGUAAUGCUAAGUAAAGUAAUUUUGUCAGAAUAAUGUAUAAAGGCUUUGUUUUUACUUAUUGAAAGUAACUUUCAAUUAUUGUCUGUGAUGAAUUUUGAUUUUGUAAAAAUAAAAACAGGAAAGCAUGUUCAUUUAAUAUGUUCGCAUAACCCAGACCAUCUUAUUUUAAGUAUCACAAGAUAGACUAUACAAUUUCCAUGGGAUUUUUGAAAAUUAUUUCUAUUUUGUAUGUAUGGUUGUUUUGCCUGCAUGUUAAAUUGUGUACUCACUUGUGUGUCUGGUGCCUACAGAGGCCAGAAGAGGACAUUGGAUUCCCCAGGAACUAGAGCUAUAGACAAUUGGGAGCCAACAUGUGGAUACUAGAAUUCAAACCCAUUUCUUCUAGAAGACCAGCCAGUGCUCUUAACUCCUGAGCCAUGUGUCUAGCCUCUGUUUUGUUUCGUUGCUGUUGUUGUUUUGCUUGUUUAUUUUAGAGACAGGGCAGAAAUAUAUAGCCCAGAGUUCCCUGAAACUCAGUGAGCCUCCAGCAUUGGUCUCUAAGUAUAUACCACCAUACCCAGCUCAUUUUCUAUGAUUUGGGGGUGGGGGUUGUUAUGCACAUUAGUUAUUUUUUCUGUUUCUAUGAUAAAUAACCGUGCUCAAAAGUGACUUAUGGAAGAAAGAAAGUAUUUUGGUUUAUGGUUCCAGGGAAAUGAGGGCUCCAUCAUGGUGGGGAGGUGUGGCAGCAAGAGCAGGUAGCUGGUACAUGUUUAAUGACACACACAAAGCAGAAAGAACAGGCUGCCAGUGUAACAGACCUAGAAGCUCUCAAAGCCAGUGACAUACUUCAUUUAGUAAGGUUGCAUAUCUCCAUACCUUCUCCAUAAGGCACCACCAACUGGGAAACAAUUAUUCAAGUACAUGAGUCUAUGGAAAAAUGUCUCGUUCAGACCACUGCAUUCCUCUCCCUGGCUUCCAUAGACUUAUGGCCAUAUCAUAAUGCAAAAUGUAUUUACUCUGAUGCUUAAAGUGCCCAUGGUCUUUCUCAAUCUCAAUACUAUUUGAAAUUUCAAAGUCCAGCAUAUCUUGUGAGACUCGAGACAAUCUCUAGCCACUGAUAAGAUCUAAAAGCAAAUAAUAUACUUCCAACAUACGAUGGCACAGGUUACACAUUAUCAUUUUAGAAGGGAGGAAGGGGGACAUGAUGAGGAAAUACUGGACUACAGAGAGACUGAAAGCUCACAAGGCAUACAUAUAAGCAAAUCCUGUAGCUCUAUGUGGGAUGUCUGGGACUACUUUCCGAGGGUUUGGAUGGCUUAACUCCUCCAGCUUUGCUGCCUGAUUUAAUAGCUCACUCUCUAGUAACAUCUUCUACGUUAGUUACUUCUCUGUUGCUGCGAUUAAGCACCAUGACCAGAAGCAAUUUAUAAAUAGAAGAGUUUAUUUUGGCUUACAGUUCCAGAGGGAUAAGAAAGUGUGCACCAUGGCAGGGAUGCAUGGUAGCAGGAUCAGGAAGCCAAGAAAUCAUGCUUUCUAUUAUGCUGUACACAUGACGCAGAAAGAGCCAGCUGGAAGUGUGGCAAGACACUCCCAAUGCCUGUUGCUGGUGGAAUAAUUCCUCCAACAGAGUUUGUACAAUGACCUGUACCAUAACCUUCCCAACUGGUGAACAAAGUUUCAAAUAUGUGAGCCUAUAGGAGACUCAUUCAAUUCAGAACAUUAUGUAAAGAGAAACAGAGUAAAUAUUUACUUGGUUUUAAUCCACUGUAAAGUUUAAAUCAUUAUAGUUUUUAGCCAGUAAUUUAAUGAUGACUGUUCAUUAAUUUUUAAGACCUUUUAAUGGACAAUUUAUUAUAUAACUAGGAAAAUUCUGCAACAUUAAUCCAAAGUUUGUAUUGGGAUACCCUAGAUAUCCAUAGAAGAGAUUUGAUGGACAAAAGUAUUUAUGACAUAAAGAAUGUGUUCUCUGUUGGUAUGAAUUAAAUAGUUUCUGUUCUUUUAACUUGAAUAAAAAAUUGUUAGAUUUAUUACUACCACUUAGCUCCACAACUAGCUGUUCAUUCUUUUAUGUUGCAACCAUGUCAGACUUACCUUUUAAAAUAUUACUAUCAGGGCUGUAAAGUUAAUACUACCAUUUCAAGAGGAUCUGCCUUUGUGUCUCAGCAGCACAUCAGUUACCUCACAACAUCCUGUAAAUCUGCCUCCUGGGGAUUCAGUGACCUUUCCUGGUUCCCACAGGGUACCUGAACUCAUGUGUAUAGAUGCACACAGACACACACAUAAUUUUUAAAAUAAAGAUAUACUGGACAUGGUCACACAUACCUUUAAUCUCAGCACUCAGGAGACUGAGGCUGUGAGUUCCAGGCCAGCCGAAGAUACAUUAUGAGACCACAUCUCAAAAAAUAUUUGUAAAACAUUGAUGAGGCAGGUAAGAUAGUUGAGUAGAUAUAAGCACUUGCCACCAAGCCUGGCAACCUGAGUUCAGUUCCUGUGACCCACAUGGUAGAUGUAAAGAUUUGCUCCUGCAAACUGUCCUCUGACCUCCACACACAUUCCAUUGCAUGCACACAAGUUUUAAAAUUAGAAACUACAUUAAUGGACACUAAGUUUUAUUUUUCCCUUCAUUUGUUCACUCUUUUAUCAAUGUAAUGAAAAUGUACCUCUUAGACUUUAUUCCUAAACCAAUAACCUAAGCAUGUGAUGGUAUCAUUUGGUUGAACAUAUAUACUCAGAUACUUAAAACAUCUUGUUGCACUUUCCCCUGUUGGAUAAAAAGGCUGAUGAUAAUUCUCCAUUUCUUUAUGUGUCUUAAUGCUUAAAGCCAUCUGGUUGCCUGUGAACCAUUUUAGGUACCAUUAUGGACUAGGCUAUUUUACCUGGUUAAUUGAUUGCUUACAAAUACCACUUGGAGAAGAAGGAAUGAGUAACUCUGAGAAGAGAUGUGGACUUUAGAAAAUUCUCAGGAAGGAGCAUCUGUAGUAUUGGGAGAAAGCAAAAUGAAAUGAUAGACUGGCAGAAGUAAGCUUGCCAGCUUCCUAUGGAUUAAUAAUGUUUGUUGCUAAUGAUGUUGAGAUAAACUGAGAAAGCGUGCCAUUUAAAAAUUCUAAUAGGAAAUAGAGAGAUGGCUCAGAGUUAAGAGUACUGUACGCUCUUGCAGCGGACCUGGGUUCAGUUCCCAACACCCACAUGGUGGCUCACAACUGUCCAACCCCCCUUUUUAAUGUUUAUGGGUUUUUGUGCACAUAUGGUGCAUGAUAUGUGCACUCAGAUAUGCAUGAAUAAAUAUUUUUUGAAGUUAUAUUAACUCCUACUAUUUUUUCAUGGGAUGAUUUCAUAGUGUAUUUUUUCACAAUCAUAAUCAUUAUUUGCCUAUUCAUUUCUCUAAUACUUAUUGAGAGUGUACUUGCUAUGUGCUAUGGCGAUUUGGUUUUGAAGAUUGAAGGGAGGCAGGGCAAGAAAUUCUCAAUUAACUACAAUUGAAGAUACUAAGUGAUCUCUACAAGAUCAGGCCUAACUCACCUGUGGAGCUGAACUCUAGGAUUUUGACUACUUUCUCUGUUGCAUAGAAUAAUGGCAUUCAUUGUUCACAUUGCCACCUACAAACUAAAUUAUCUUACCUACUUCCAAAAAUGGAGAGCAUAUGAGGAAUGGUCAACUCCCUGCAUUGUCAUGUGUAUUCAAAACAAAGUUAUUUAUCAUCUACUGUUGUGGAAAAUGUUAUUUGGGAGUUUCUACCCCACCUUAGAUCAUUUAGUUCCCAAAUAAAAGAUUCCAAAUCUCUAUAUUUGUAAUAAGCUUUGUAGUACUAGAGCUGGGCAGAUAUCAACCCUCUGUGCUAUUUGUUCUACUUCACCAUCAGUAAUACUGAGACAUCACUUGCUCUGUUCUGCCUGGUCCACUCCUACUCCAACAGACUGGCCCUCAGGGCUAUGCAUCCUUGAUUUACCCCCUUGGUGCCUUCUUCCUCCUCUCUACAGAAGCCCUGCCUACCAUUCUUUUGCCCUGCUACAGGCAAUUUUAAAUUAAAGUAGCAGGGUUUGCACAACAAAAACUGGUAUUUGUGAAAAUUCACUUGAGGCAAAUAGACCUUGGGGUACAGAAUUUAGCAUUACAAUACAUAGCAGCAGACCAAUCCUCAACAAUUUACUGUAUUUCUGAUUUUCCACUAUUUGGUAUUCCUUAGAGAUACCUUUCAUGAAAAUUUCUUUGAAAUACACACACUGUAUCACCAAAUCCUUCAGUAUGACCUUAUCUAAAUUCAGUAACUCAAAUGCCUCAUUCUACCAAAAUAUUUGAAAUAUAACAAGCCCAAGUAACUUUUGAAUGGAGAAGAGAUUAACAUGGAUAAAGUUGGAAUGGAAUUGGGAGUCUAAGGCUGAGUAUUGUGAAAGGAGUGCUUGACAUGGCCUUUGGAAAGACGUGGGAGGAAUCUGCUGUAGAAAAGUUUUGUCAGUCUCUAUGGUACAUAGGCUCGGCUUUAGCCCUCAUACAUGUGAUUACUUCAACCUUUGUCAGGGGUCAGCACAAUCUGCCUGUUUCAUCUUCAUCGCCCACACUUGAAAACAUCUUAAUGUCUUUGUUUUUCUUGUGAGAGAAUUAGAUCUCAACUAUCUCAAUAUGUUUGACAAGCCUUAGUGUACAUUUACACCUGAAUUUGACAUGUAAAUAGCAUCUUUGUCAAACUGGAGGGAAUGUAAAUGAUGGAUAUGUCAGUGCUCAAUAAACAGUUCUAGAAUGAUUAUUUGAAA